AAAUCACCGGUACCAAGAACACAGGGCCAUGGACCUCUCUCCGAUCAGAGAAGCUUUAGCGGCAAAAUCCUUCGAUAGGAUCGCCGAUCUCUGCGACAACCUUUGGCUCCAGGUCGCGGCUGAAGGAAUCCCUUAUCAUGAUGAAUGGCCUUACUUAAUCCAUCUCCUGGGACACAUUUACGCCGAUGAUCUCAAUAGUGCCCGUUUUCUCUGGAAAACAAUACCUACGAACAUCAGAGAGAGCAGACCUGAGCUAACUGCAGCUUGGAAUGUCGGUCAGAAACUGUGGACACAUGAAUAUGCAAGUGUAUAUGAAGCUAUUCGUGGUUAUGAUUGGAGUGAAGAAGCUAAAGAUAUUGUUGCUGCAUUCUCAGAUCUUUACACUAAAAAGAUGUUUCAGCUAUUGUUGUCUGCUUACUCCACUAUCACCAUCCGCGAUAUGGCACUGUUCCUAGGGAUGACAGAGGCUGAUGCCAUAAGUUAUGUAAUGCAGCAGGGGUGGGAGGUGGAUUCUGCUUCUCAAAUGGUGACUGUGAAGAAACAGACAACGAAGACAGAGCAGAAGCUGGAUGCUUCCAAGCUGCAGCGCCUGACGGAGUACGUGUUCCACCUUGAACAUUAGUGUAUAACUCUUCCCUAUUCAUUCGGGUUUCUCCUUUAAGAGAGUGGAAAAGAAAUACCAGACAUGCAGAUUUUGUGGAAGAAUCUCAGUUUAGAUGGCUUUUAUUUGUGGGAUAAUAUCAGUGUAUCCGUCUGGUUCUUAGCUUUGAUGUUACUUGAACAUGGGUCCAGCAUGGGAUAAGACAGGUUGGUAUCGGUCGAUUU